AAAUCUUAUGAAUCAUCAUUUGUUAUCUUGCAUCAGGAUCCUGCUUACUUUGUUCUUAAAGAGGAUGCCUCCCCUUGCAUUUUUGGCCCAAUUGAAAAGCAGAGGUGGUCAUACGCAUGUGCAAAGCAGUUGAUUGAAAGGUUGAUCUAUGCUGAGGGUGCUGAGAAUGGUCUUGAAUUUACAAUUGUGAGGCCCUUCAAUUGGAUUGGUCCCAGAAUGGAUUUCAUACCUGGAAUUGAUGGUCCCAGUGAGGGCGUUCCAAGAGUUUUAGCAUGCUUUAGCAAUAAUCUUCUAAGGCAUGAACCACUAAAGCUCGUGGAUGGUGGCAAAUCACAAAGAACAUUUGUUUAUGUCAAGGAUGCCAUUGAAGCUGUUCUUUUGAUGAUUGAAAAUCCAGCGAGGGCCAAUGGUCACAUAUUCAACGUUGGCAACCCUAACAACGAAGUUACAGUCAAGCAGCUUGCUGAAAUGAUGACUCAGGUUUACUCAAAGGUUAGUGCAGAACCUCCACUAGAUAUACCUACCAUUGAUGUAAGCUCUGAAGAAUUUUAUGGUGAAGGAUAUGAUGACAGUGACAAGAGAAUUCCAGACAUGACCAUAAUUAACAGACAACUUGGAUGGAAUCCAAAGACAUCACUUUGGGAUCUGCUUGAAUCCACUCUUACAUACCAACACAGGACAUAUGCUGAAGCUGUCAAGAAGGCCAUUUCAAAACCGGUUGCAAGUUAAGAGAAAAGUAUAAUAUCUGGACUUCGUCCAUGUUCAUGCCUUCUCGGUUCUCUGAGAGUAUCUCUUAGGAUAUCGAUAUGGUUUCAUCUCAUAUACACACUAUUCUUUCUUUCCAGCCACAACCCUACAGAUCGCAAUUACAGGUAUCCUGUACGUCUAAUACUGCGUUAUAUUUUGUUGUUAGUGCAUUUAUUUUUUACUUCACCUUCAAGUGAGCAUGUUGUAUUAUUUAUUAUUUAUUUCCGACAAUAUAGUUUGUUGUAUUGCUUCAAGCUGCUUCUGGGAUUUUUUUUUCUUUUACUUUAUUUAAAUGCUUAUAUUUUUACCA